CGCGCCGCGGCACCUGCUCAGCCCCGCGCGCACGGCCGCGGGUUUUUACCGCAGUGCAUCUGCAGCCAUAGACAUAUAGACAUAUAUCUGCAGCAUCCCUGAAUCCCUGAAGCAGGAACCAGAACCGCAUCAUCGGAUCAUCCUUUAACCUGCGAUGCCCGCGGAAACGAGGCGUCGCGGCAUCAUCACAAUCACAUAGGUGCAAAUCCAGGUUUUACAGCGGAGGAGGAGAGAGGAGACGGUGCGCGUUUUCCGCCGGGGACGCGCUUCCAGGGAGGCAGGCCCUGAUCUCAGGAUCCCGGACUCUGGUACCCGUUUAGAACCGGUAGCCUUCACGAGGUAGCUAUUUUAAUCCUAUCCUCGAGCAUGCAAAUGAAUAAAUAAUGAUAAAUCCUCCACAGAUGCAGCAGUUGGAUGUUUCUGCUCUGAUCCGUAGCAUGUUGCCUUCAUGAAGACACAUUUAUCCUCGGAGCCCUCAGCUGCUGCAGAGGUCUAAUGAUCGCUGAGUGCUUCCCACAUCAGGACCUCAGGGACGACCGUAAUCAAAUCUCAGGGUGUUGAUGUGUCUGGGGGGGGCACAUAUCUGGAUCGUUGCAUAAUUAAUAGAGGUAGAGAGGAGGGGGGAUAGCAGCAAUAAUCAUUUCUGGCAAUAAUUCCAGUCCUGGACGGGAUCCUGUAGAGACUAGAGAGGUGUCCAGGUCGGACAUGCUGACAAAUGCACUUCCUGAUGCGAGUUUGGCUGCUACGCUAGCUGCAAGGCGCUGACCCGUGACUCCAGUCGGCCCCUCACCCAUAAACGGGUUUUAACUUUCAGCCAGUAACAGCUCAGAUCUGGGUCCUCGAGGCCCGUCCCUCGGUGGAAACAUGGCGCCUGCGCACCUGCUGCUGGCCUCCCUGCUCUGCACCCUGUUCGUGUGCCGGUGCGACGGCGCCUGCGCAGAGCCCGAGUCCGACACCGAGGCCGUGGUGGGGAAGGGCUUCAAGAUGGGCUGCCUCUCCUGCAAGAGGCGCUUGGAGGUGGAGGGAUCCGCCACCGUCGACUGGUACUUCCGGCCCGACGGGGAGACCGACUUCAUUCACAUCUACAACUAUAACGAAAACGGCCCCACCAUCGAAAGCGAGAUGUUCAUGGACCGCAUCGACUGGAACGGAAGCAAAAGGAGCAACGACAUCCAGGACGCAUCCAUCUACUUACUCAACGUCACCUUCAACGACUCGGGCACCUACCGCUGCUUCUUCAACCGCGUCCUCUACUACGGGAUAUAUGAAUGUAAAGUCGUCGUGGACAAGGUGGUCCAACUCAGCGUGGUGGCCAAAGCCACCAGGGGGACGGCCUCCAUCGUGUCGGAGGUCAUGAUGUACGUGUCCAUCAUCGGCCUGCAGGUCUGGCUCCUCAUAGAGAUGAUAUACUGCUACAGGAAGAUAGCGGCCGCCGGCGAGGAAGCGCUACGAGAGGCGGCAAAUGCUGAGUACCUUGCCAUCGCCUCGGAGAGCAAGGACAACUGCGCCGGGGUGCAGGUCGGAGAAUAGCACAGGCCCCCCCAGGACCGGACCCGCUCCUCCGGCCGCCGUCCUGCAUGACACCGACCCGGACCAGAACCGACCCCCCCCCCCCAUCUCCAGACCGUCCUUUAGCUCCACCAGCACCACUCACGCCCCCCGACCCGACCCGAGCCCAGUACCAGCCCCAUACAUGUGGUUCUGCUUGUCCGAGCCCGGUACCAGCCCAGUACCAGCACCGUACAUAUGGUUCUGCAUGUUCUGCACUUAUUUAAGAACCCGUUACGCAUCAAUGAGCCACUUUGUGAACGUCGUCGUCGCACAUCUGAGACCCGGAACCUCCUGGAGACGGGUUCUUCCCAACAUCGCCGACCCGACCCGAACUGAACUCUGGACUCUGGUUCUGCAUCACCCUCACUGCUCGCUGUACGUCCACAUUUAACGAUGUGCUAAUAAAACGGAGGAAAACCUGACGGAUGUUUUGGGUUUGUUCUGUUGGUGGUUUUGGGUUUUUCUGACCCGGACCGGUUUCUUUAUUUAUUUGAGCUUUUUUUCCCCCCUUUUUAACUCCUUUGACCCGUUUCUGCUGGUGGUUCUGCCCCCUGUGACCCGUUUGGGUCUGUAUACAUGACUACGUUUACAUGCAGUCAAAAUUCGGGUUAUUGCUAAUAUUCCGGUUACUGAAACAUUCGGAAUAUUCCGUUUACAUGCGUGAGUAAACAGGGUUAUCCCUGUAUACAUGGUAAUUAAUCAUUUGGGAUAUCUCGAUCAAACCA